AUGGGUGCUGCGCCGAGUUCGCCGCAGGAGCGGCUGUCUCUGGUCGGCGGCGACAGCCACGAGGUUGUUGUCCCGUGCCAGAGCGCCAAGCCCCAGGUGCUCAGCACACAGUCUGGCGUGCUGCGGCAGCUCAUCUCGAUUCAUACAGACAACGGCAGCAACCUGAUAGACUUGGAGCUGCCGCCACCAGCCUGCCAGGAGCGUGGCGACCUGUCUGCAGCAUUCAAAGGGGCCAGCCUGCAGGCGGCUGCCUGCUUCCUGAGGCUGCUGUACGGCGACGACCACUCCGGCAACCUGGCCAAGCUGGCGGAGGCUGAGCUGCUGGCGGCAGUGGCAGGCCUGGCCCACAAGCUGGAGGCUGGGAGGCUGCUGGACGGGAUCGCCGCCUUCCUGAACGGCGCCAUGCCCGAGCUCAUCGCCACCCGGGAGCUGGCGCAGCAGUGCGAGUUGGCGCAGCUGGAGGAGCGCUGCGUGGAUGUCAUGGCCUCCGAGCUGGCAGCGGCAGCGCAGAGGAGCCACGUUUUGGUGGAUGAGCGGGAACUGAGCCGCCUGUUGGGUCCCACUGCAGCACGCCUGCUGCUCAAGUCCCACUACGGCUCAGCCUACCCGCUGCCCAUCCUCGAUGUGCGUGACAGCCGCAGCGGCAAGUCUGGAGGCUUCACAUUUGCCAUUGACCGGUUUUCGCAGCGGAGCGAGGACAAGGUUGACUCGCCCUGGGUGGAGGUUGGAGCGACAGGAUGGAGGAUAGAGGUGUACCUCGCGGGCGACACACCGGAUGAAGAGACACACCUGUCAGUGUACCUGAGGUCCAAUGUCACGUGGUGCACCCAAGCAGCAGCUGCCGGGGCGAGUCGCGUCACUGCUAGGUUCAAGUUCAUUCUGAUCGACCAGGCGCCAGGCGCGGCAGGGGUUGAUCACGUCGAAACCAGCGCAGAGGAGCGAGCGUUCACGCCUCGGUACCCUAGCUGGGGGCAUGCUGAGUUCCUGGAGCCGGCACAGCUGCAGCACAUCGACCGUCAUUACCUGGAGGGCGACAGGAUGCUGCUGCGUGUGGAGCUGAGCGACAUCACGGCUGGCUGA